AUGGGAGGCGCCACCUCCACCCUCGCUGAGCCCAUGGCAAAGCGCAUUACCAUGCACCUCCGCGUGACAAGCCUCACCGACGUUGCCGACGGCACCCCUCCAACCCUGUCAUCAAUUGCAGAGAACAUUCAGCUGCACAUGAACCUCGUCGAAAACCUGAUUUCCUCUCAUAAUGAGAAGGGCAAGGAGGGCAAUGCGUCGAGAAUUCUUGGAAUUCACGAUCCGGACUUUGAGCCACGCCUGCACCGCAAGUUUGCGGGCUACCAUUCUUGGCUGCGUUUGAUGAACUGGAUUUUGGAGAUCGGAGACAAUGAAGAUGAGGACGGGAAUAGCGUAGACUCCUCUGUCAUCUUCGUGUCCGAGAUCAACUAUGAGACGUUCGGAUACGGAACCUGGACCGAGGACAGGAAUACAUAUGCGAAUAUGCUCAAUGUCCCCAUCACCCUCCCGGACGGUCCACGAACUGAAGAGGAGGCUGAAGCACUGGUAUCGCGAAUGGCGGAACAUUAUAAUACUGAAUCGAGUAAAGAGAACGAUCCAGAUAACACUCACAUGGACGAUGAAGAUGGAAUCUCAGAAGCAAGCACCAUAAUCGGAGAGGAUUCGGAAUAUUCGCCAAAUGGCCACUGGCGCGCUCCGACUCCUCACGAACGCGUUAUCCUGCGUCGCUAUUUCUACAAUCUCGAGGGACAAAUGGUUCUUCUCCUCUCUCAUGUUGUGGUGAUUGCAAGUGGUGAGGGCGACAGCAACGUUGCGAACACAAUUGUAGCGCGAAUGAACAAUGUUAUCGAGGCCAUUGAGGACCUAUGGAACUUUGCAGACUGCUUACGGAAUGAGACCGAAGUUGUCUUGAAGGUUGGCAGAGAUGCAGGUGCUGUCAAGGACAAGGAGAAUCGGGAGCCAGAGCCGGAGGCAGAUUUUACUAUUUUGGACGAUGGUGACGAGCCCGAAGCAUCGCAGAACCUUGCUGAAGACCAUGGUAGGGCCCUGCAGGACAUCACUCCUAAGCGUGCCAUACCUCCCAAGGGUCGGGGUAUUCUAAAGACUCUCUGCAGCAAGGGCAAGCGCGUGUUGUACCGCGUGCGCUUCGAUGAGCAAGAUCUGAAAACCCGGGUUUCAAGCAAGCGUCAAGCUGGGAAGCGUCGCGUGGAACAUCCUGAUGCUGACGAAGAUUCGGAAAACCAGAGAGCCAACAAGCGUCAGGCUGUGACGCCUAAUGUUCCAGUUGAUGGGGAAGAUCUCGAAGACCGCCAGAUCAAGAUCGAGAAUGAAGAUGAUGAGCAGACCCAAGGUGCCAUCGAACAGUCGGAUGACAGUAUUUGGAUCAGGUUUGAGCAGAUCAUUCGUAGUGAUGCAAAACCUUGGAGGACGAUACUGGACUUCCAACAAGACGCUCCUUCCGAAGCAGCUGCCCUGGACGAUGCUCAUGCCGAGGAAGUCGCGACUGUGGACGCAUAUACCGAGGAAGGGACUCGUUCUGACGAACUUGCUGCAGAAGUAGAGUUUGGCGAUGAGGCCGACGAAACCUCGAAUGCAAAUGUCACAUAUGUCCAAGUAGCGGGCGAGGACGAAGAACAAACGACCGAACAGAAUCUGGCGUUUCAAGGUGAUGCUUUUAUUGAAUGGCUUGCUUGGGCGAAAGAUGAGCACACGGAGUCGGUUCCCCAGACUGAGGAAUUGCCGAUCCAGGAACAUUCUCAUUCUCAAGAGGAUGUCCAUGUGGAGGAGCUCAUAAGUCAACCAAAUGCUCAUGCUGAAGAGGCCACUUCCUUUGCUGAGCCCAAAACUAACACGGACAUCAUUGGCAACUUAGAGAGCAACAGCAAUGGUAAUGAGAAUGUCACUGGUGCCGACCUGGAUGCCAACAGCGACAAGAUCAUGGCUGACGCUCUGUCUGAACUUCUGGCGGAGGUCGCAACGAACCACAAUGCCACCACCAACAACCGCUUGACUGGUGAUGCUAGUAGCAAUGUCGAAGCAGAUGCUGGAGUAGUAGGUCAGAAUAUCAAAGACACAGCAAAUCCCACCAGCAAAGGCACUGGAGAGAAUGAAAACAUGCUUAGCAAAGUGAAUGUUCACACCCAGCAAUUUACAGGUGAAGGCUCCCUCAUCAACAGUUGCGAUGCGGAUACCAACGUGUUUGGCAAUGAAAACGUUGAUGCACAGUUAACUACAGCUCUUGAGGCUAUUCCUACCACUAGUGACAGUACUGGAGAAGCUGAAAGUGAACAUACUGAAACCAAUGUUAAUGCUCAGAAGCCAGGCACACAUGAAGCCUCUACCAGCAGCCAGGAUGCAGCAACAAACUCGGAUGGCAAUGGGAAUACUAAUUCGCAAUUGACCAAAACACUUGACUCCAUUCUUACCACCAGCAACAGCACUGGGGAAGGUGAAAGCGCUCACCCUGGAACCAAUAUUCAUCCUCAGCAAUCCGCAGCUGACAAAGUCCCUACGGAGCAUCAAAAUGCAAACAGCACCUUGAAUGGGAAUGAGAAUAUCAACGAGCAAUUGAGAUCAAUCCUUGAUGACUUUUUCGCUACCAACAACGUCCCAACACGAAGCAGCCCAACGACAGACAGCAGCACAAUCAUUGAAGCAGAUUAUCAUGAUUCAGACGUUGAGAUGGUGGAUGCCUUUAGCCUUGCUGACACUGAAGACGCAACGGAGGAUAUUACUAUGCAUGACGUUGAAGUUGCAAGUGUCAAUGGCCCUGCCACUCCCAACUCCAUUGACAAUGAAGGGCAGGAAACCUCGGGCAUUGAAGCAGGUGUUUCUACCCAGGCGACUGGAGCAGAGGAUAACCCCGGCUUGAACAAUGAUGCCAAUCAGGAUGGUGACAUUAAUGAUGAUGCAGCUGCGAUUACUGCUGAUGCCACCAAUGUCCCAAACGUCGGGAAUGCUGCUCAGGAAAACAUUGGGAUACGUUCCGAAGCAUCUCCUAUCCAGGAAGAGGGAGAAGCCACAGAGGAGAAUCCCAACUCAGGAUCCUCAACCCCUACCACUGCUUCCGGCGCCACCGCAGAGCAAAGCAUCAUGUCCGAACUCGAAUCCACGCACCGCCUCCUAAACUGGGAACGAACCCGCGAAGCAUUCCCCGAAUACACAAGCGAAGACUUCAUGAACCUCCUGGCGCCCUCAAUCCAGCCGUCGUCCGACAACGACCCCGUCGCCGAGUUCACCACAAUCCUCUCCCAAGGCCUGCUCGGCAUCGCAACCGAAGCAGCGCUCGACACACGCGACCAAGCCGCGAACCCCCCCGCAUUCCCUCCCAGCACAGUCGGGUACGCCCUCAUGAUCCCCGCCGACGAAGGCCCGACGCUGACGCGCUUCGACAACAUCACGCCCGACGCCGACGACGUCGAGUUCCGCGAGUUCCUGAGCAGCACGUAUCCAGCUAUCAACUGGGGCCGGCUGAACACGUUGAACAGUAGCCAGAUGGAGAUUGAGCCUUGGGAGCACUUCAUUGAGUAUGUUGCGCUUGCGGGACCGAUUGCGCCGAAUGAGGCGCCCGAGGUGUUUAAUGCUUAUGUUGCGCGCGUGGUGAAUGCGAGUGUUGACGCUGCGAUCAUGCUGGGGGAUGAUUGGCUUUCGAAUUUGGUGAUGCCGUAG